GGUUUUUAUUUUUUUAUAAUCAUAUCCCUUAUCGAGGAAAUUGCUGUUGGUGAGGGGAACAGUCUCCGGAAAUGACAAUCUGCUCAAAUUUUCAUUAAAAAGUUCCUUGUAACACGCCUCAACCAACGUACAAUACCCAUUGCUUGCAAAUCCGAGAAAAGAUCAUGGAUUUUGAACCAAAUUUGACAGUUUUGGUGGCUUUAUUUUAUCUUCUGGUUCACUGCAACUGCAUUGACUUAAAAAGUUGGAUUUCCGAACCACUGAGUUGGCGAUUGCUCAUCGGAAGUAAUGUGAACAAGAGUUGGCUGGAUUACACGUUCUGCUAUCAAGACGUUGAAAAUGAUGAAAUUUGCGAUCAGUUUUCAUUAAAAUAUAAAAAAUUUCUGGAACGUAAUUGCAGUUGCUCCGUGUCUCUCAACACAACCCUUGGUAAUAGCGCUCUGAACAUGAAUUGCCCUCUCAGAGGACCAGGCAAUUCAAUAGACUUUUGUCCUGAUGGGUUGCGGCUCGAUUACAAUCCAGGACGUUAUUCUUCACAUGCCACUUUUCCAGCACUUUCUCCAACUACUCAAAAGAAAGCUGAUAAUGAACUCCAUCAUGAAAAUAGCACGAAUGAAUGGGACGCGGCUCAUAUAGAACGAUUUGCAGGCUUUACCGUUUUGUGUACUGCCCUUGUAUUGAAUUUCCUCACUUGCGUGAUAAACUGGAAAAACUUUGGAAGGAUCUUUCUGGGUCAGCAUGGAAAUGUGCAGAUCGCCAAGAAGCCUAUAACGGGAGCAGAGGUCACAUAUGAUGAUGCCAUGACUGUCCCUACAAAAAAUGAGGCCCAGAACGAAAUGUAUGAGGAAAUCCGCCAAGAGCCUGAUGCUUAGAAUUUGACCGUUUACUUUUAACAUUAACUUUAUCAUGAGUUCAAUUUUAAUUUUCCAUUAUUUAAAGUUUCAUGAUUUUUAAAAUAAUUCUAAAUAUAUUUUAUAUAAUAUUUAAUUUAAACAGCUUCUAAAAUUCCAAUUUGUUAAAGAUUCCACAUCUAUGUCUUUAACUUAUUUUUUUGUGAGAUUUACAACUUUUUCUAAUUAAAAAUUAAUUAGUAAAUUAAAUACGAAUAUCUGUGCUAGAGCGAAUUAUAAGCAAUUUUUAAAGAACUAACCAAAUUCUUGUUAAAAUCAUCUAGAUGCUAAUAAAAUCUUAAAUUCAUACUAUUUUAUUAUUUGAUCAUUUUUUUG